AUGGGUAGCAUUGGUCUUUCCCAUAUACCGCAGAUCUGUGUGGGGGCCUCUAGAAAAGCAGGUGUGCAAGUUCCCAUAACAAGUGCACCGCGUGAUGAUAGACUGUCUGAUCAGGAUGCCUAUCUCUCUGUGUUGUUAAGCUACACUGGAGGGGCACACACACUCCCUUACUCAUUGAACUUUAUGUGUCCUCAUCCGGUAUUGAUUCCCACUCAAUUUGUGACAGAGCUAGAGCAUUUCCAUGUGGCACUUGCACGCGCUUUGACGAAUAUAGUGCAAAGAUGGUAUGCAGACAAAGAGGCUGACUUCCCUUCAAGAAUGCCCCUUGAGAGUCGCGAAGAACAGCUGCUUCAGUGGAUAUAUCAAUGCAGCGAAGACAACACAUUCCCUGCGUAUGAGGGACACCAGGGGAACUGGCGACCGGACCUACUCCUCCCUGCCGACGACCCCGAAGGAUUCAAAAUAUGCGAAAUCAAUGCUCGGUUCGCAUCCAAUGGCAUUGACUUGAAUGCUUGGAUUUACAGGUCCUUGGAAAAGCUGGGCCCUAACCCACGCUGGCUUGACAUCGCAGCAGAUCCUGGCCAGAUGCUGGAUCGCUAUUUCGACCUUUUCGACCCGGCCCUGCCUAUUCAUCUUGUUCGAGUUAGAGAAGAAACUCCGCUGGUCGAGUCCUUUAUAGAUUUCGCGGAGGAGAGGACGCGAAUGAGACCCCGUAUCGUGGCCCCAGCCGAUCUGCGUCUUGUGCCCGACGCUACUUCACCAACCGGGUAUGCCCUACAUUGCACUCGUGAUAGCGAAUCACUUCCAUCGAGAGAUGUGCAGAACGCGGGCCUUGAGCGUAUCUACCAAGUGAGACUCCAGCUGUUUCUCGAUGAAUUUGCGUCGCUCUCGUCGGAAAUUCAACAACACUUGGCGCUCUGCAGCGCACAGGAUAUUCGCACUAUGCUUCUCAUCCACGACAAGCGCAUUCUGGGAAUUCUUCUCCAAGAAUUAGACGACCUCGUCAUUAAGCACCACGUCUUGGUGAAGGAGCAGGCUGACCUGCUCCGAAAGAGGAUGAUACCCACUGCCAUCCCUGGGUCAAAGGAGCUGCAACAAAUCGUUAACAUGUACUACCAAGGAAAGGUAUCUAAGGAUGAGUUUAUUAUCAAACCAAUCCGCUCAGGUCGUGGGGAAGGAGUAAAGUAUGGGGAAGAUCUGGCGGUUUCUGACAGAGCACUUUAUGUUCUACAGCCAGUGAUCGACCAGGCGGAAACAGAGAUGUUUUUGGAUGAGGAAAUGAAGGUGCAGCGAUGCCGACUAGUCGGCACGUAUCACAGUGUACAUGGCGACUUCACUGCACUAGGGGCAUGGAGGAUCGGCAUGUCAAAUGACAGAACAACUAAUAUGGCGAAUGGACGGGCCUGGAAGUUGGGAAGCAUGGUCUUGAACAAGGACUAG